AUGCAGCUCCAAGGAACAAAGCUGUAUACACGUGCCUUAGUGGCUGGUAGCCUGGGUUUCAUCACUUUUGGCUGGGAUGCUGGUGUACUGGGUGGCAUUCUGCUCACCCCAGAGUUCCAAGAAGCAGUCGGGAAUCCCACCGAUACAUACCAGAUUUCUAUGAUCACGUCGACAUUCCUCCUUGCGUCAUGGCUCGGUUGCAUGAUUAUUUCUUCGUUUGGCAUGCGAAUGGGUCGAAGAACGUGGGUGUUGAUUGGUAACAUGAUUGAGAUUGCUGGCACCAUUAUUUGUGCUUCGUCCUUCAGCUAUGGACAGAUGAUUGCUGGACGAGUCUUCAUAGGCAUUGGUAACGGAUUCUUGACCUCAAUGAUCCCAGUCUACGUUGCGGAAAUGGCUACACAAAAAGAGCUUCGAGGCAGAGGCGUGAACGGCAUGAUCGCUGCAGCCACAGUUGGCGUGGCACUCGCCUACUGGGUUGACUUCGGUAUGGUGUUUGUUCGUGGGAGUUCCGUGGUCUGGAGGUUCCCUGUAGCGUUCCAAGCAUUCUUCGCCAUACUCACGGUUGCGGCCUUCUGGGGCAUCCCUGACACACCUCGAUACUAUUACGCGACGGGACAGAACGAUCAAGGUGAUGCAAUCCUGCAGCAAGUAUAUGGCGCCACGUUGGAAAAGGAACACGUCCAGCAUGCGAGAGACGAGAUCAUCGCGUCUCUGGAGCUCGAACGCGCCGACUCCGCCAAACUAAAAGUGACCGACUUCUUCUGGGAUACCUCGAGCUUACAAGCUGCGCGAAGAAUUCGCACAGGCGUGCUCCUUGUGGGUAUAGCAUAUCUGAUGGGCAUCAACGUCAUCUUCUACUACACAACAACGAUAUUCCAGGUUUACAUCGGUCUCCAACCGCUGACUGCCUCUGGUCUAGCCGGUGCUGCCAACACCGUCUUGGCCAUUUCAAACCUGUUGGGCGUCUAUUACUUGGAAAAGUUCGGACGACGCACCUGGCUGAUAGCAGGCGCUAUCGCUCAGACGGUCUUUUUGGCUGCUUUCACAGGGUUGCUCUCUACGCCAGGUCCCGAGACCGGUGCGGCUGCAGCUGCUAUGUUGUUUGCCUGGAUCACCGUUUUUGGGCCAACCUGGGGACCGGUCACUUAUGUGUACGCUUCCGAGAUCAUGCCUCUUCGGUAUCGACACAUCGGCUUCGCCUUGAGCGUAUCCUCGCAGUGGAUCAUGGCUUUUAUUACCGUGUUUGCUGGACCCAUCGCUAUCGCCGACCCGAAUGUGGGCUGGAAGGCUUGGAUUUGGUUCUUGGUCUUCAAUCUCAUCGGUGCCCCUUUCGUUUACUUCUGCUGCCCCGAAACGCGUGGCCACAGUUUGGAGGAGAUCGACCUGAUUUUCAUGGCGGACUCUCUGAAGGAUACACAGGCUGCCCAGACCUUGCGCAAGGAGGAUGUCCAGGAGUCAUCAACCUCAAAGGAGCCUUCCGUGUCCACAGAAGCUGCAGAUCCUGCACCUUGA